UAAACAGUAGGUGGAACUAGAAACAGACGAAAAUAAUUUUAAAUUGUUAAUUUCAGUUUUGUUAUGAUAAAAUAAAAGAUUUAACAUGAGUGCUGGCUCACGAUGGAGCAGUCGAAGAAAAGAGGAGAUUGAUCUUAAUCAACUUCUUUCUGAGCUUGAUGAGUUGUUUGCUGAUGAACCCUUUGACCCUGAAGAUUAUGUUGAUCGCCUCUCAUUGCGUAUUGGUGGCAUUCAGAGUGAUGGGGAGAAUUUUGAACCAACUGCUCUUUAUAAAGCCUUUGGACAGGCCAUUAAUCACUUGCAAAACACUUAUGAAACAAAGCAGCGGCAAUGUGGUUGCUUAGAAACUAUUUGUCGAGAGGAGGAGAGAACUCAUUGGGAGAAAACUAAGGAACUAAUUGAGAAAAAUAAGGAAGCUUAUGACACAUUUCAUGAAUUAGAUGAAAGAAUCGAUUUUGUUGCUACAAAAGUUGUUCAUUUGGGUGAUCAACUUGAAAGUGUAAAUACUCCAAGAGCACGUGCUGUAGAAGCUCAAAAACUCAUGAAUCAUUUUGCUGAAUUAUUAAGUCCGGAACCAGUAUUAGAUGGUGUUCUCAAUGAUCGUACUAAACUCUUUGAAGCUGCAGAUAUUAUUCAGAAACUCCACCUUAUAGCACAAGAAUUGCCUUCUGGAAAGCCCAAGUUUGAAAAAGCUCGCCAAAGAAUUGCAAAGAAAUAUGAUGAAAUUGAACGUGAAUUGAUUGAUGAAUUUGUAAAAUGUCAUGAAGCUGAUAAUCGAAGCAAAAUGAAAGAAGUUGCAGGAAUAUUGUCAAAUUUCAAAGGUUAUUCACAAUGUGUCGAUGCAUUUAUUGAGCAAAGACAGAUGACUCUACCAGCCUGUGGUGAUAUUUUAACUAGAAUAGUGCCUUCAUGUGCAGAAGCUUUGGUAGUCAUGAAAGAAGUAUUUAAUAAUCCUGAACAAGUGAUGUCAAAAUACAUAUUAAAUAUAUUUCAUGGCAAAUUGCUAACACAUAUUAAAGCAGAACUUACAGAUUGUGGAGAUCCUGAAAGAUACCUUGAAAAAUUUGAAAGACUUUACUCUAGAACAAUGAAAUUAGCUACAGAGUUGACGAGCUUAAAAAUUGGCUAUGAUCCUACAUUUCUGAAUAAACUGACAAAGAAUAUAUUUGCUCGUUACCUGGAAAAUUACAUAACGAGGGAAGUGAGGUGUUUAAAAGAUAAAUGUGAAAGCACACUAAAUAUGUACUAUAAUUCUAAAAACCAUCAAAAGAAACAAAUUCACUUUGGUGGUAUUCAUGAUCUGCGUCGAGAUAUCCAAGCUCGAAUAGGCUCUAGGACAAAUAUCAUUGGGUCAGUUGUGGAUAACUAUGGGGGAGAAACUUUCCUAUCGGAAGAAAUAGCAAUGAAUAUUCUUCAAGAUUGUAAAAAAGCUUUCAACAGAUGCCAGCUGCUCACAAAACAACCCUCAGAACUUCCAGGAAAUGCAGUGUUAUUAUUCGAUGUCUUAUUACGUUACUUAUUUGAGGAGCAUGUUUCCUAUGCUUUAGAGCUUGGCUUAUUAGCCAUCCCUCUUUCUGAACCAAAGAGUCCUCCUGAAAUAUAUUUUUUUGAUGUGAUACGUCAGUGCAAUGCCAUUUAUCAUUUGUUUGAGAAACAGUUUGGAGAUACUAUUGUUCCAUUAGUAAUCUCCACUCCUAAACAUGGAGACUGUUUACAAAAGAAGAAAAAAGUGAUUGAAGAAAUGGAAAAUAAGCUUCAUACUGGGUUAGAAAGAUGCAUUACUUCAAUUUUAGGAUGGGUUAAAUUUCUUCUUCAGACAGAGCAGAAGAAAACAGACUUUAAACCAGAAUCAGAAAUGGCAACAUUUGAUGCAGAUAAAUCUACAGCUGCUUGUAGUUGCGUUGUGAAGUUUAUUACUGAAUGUGUGAAUAAAAUAAAAGUUACUCUAGAUGGAAAAAAUGUUGAAGCUGUUUUAACAGAACUUGGUACAAGGUUACAUCGUGUUAUCUUAGACCAUUUACAACAAUUUCAGUACAGUUCUAUUGGUGCAAUGGUAGUGAUAUGUGACUUAAAUGAAUAUCGCCGUUGUGUGCGAGACUUUCAGAUACCGUUAUUAAAUACCUUAUUUGAAACUUUACAUGCCUUAUGCAAUUUACUGGUUGUAGAACCAAGUAAUUUGAAGCAGAUGUGCACAGUUGAUCAACUGGCUUGUCUUGACCGUACUGUUUUGAUGAACUUUGUUCAACUGCGAGCUGACUACAAAACUGCAAAGAUUGUUAACCAGUUUAGGUAGUUGUAUUGUUGAAUAGAGCUCUAUCCUUGUAAAUUAUAUUUUCUAAUAAAGUAUCUAUAGUGGUUUUUCUUAA